AUGAAUAAUGCAACUGAUUUCUACUGGGAACUGUCGCAACUGAUUAGGUUAAGCAAUCUUACCUACUACAAUGUCUCGUCGGGCGGUGGCGAAAUCUCGGUGACCCUCGAUGUGGUGAACUGCUGUGCCACAGAGCCGAACUUUUCAAAGUACCUGGAGGCCCUGCCGAACGACAGGGUCGGACUGUUAGCUUUUCUGUUCCUGUUUUCCUUCGCGACCGUGUUCGGUAACUCGCUGGUCAUACUGGCGGUUAUCCGGGAGCGGUAUCUACACACGGCAACCAACUACUUCGUGACGAGCCUGGCCGUGGCCGACUGCCUCGUCGGACUGGUGGUGAUGCCUUUCUCGGCUCUCUACGAAGUGCUGCAGAAUACGUGGUUCUUCGGUGAAGACUGGUGCGAUAUCUGGCGUUCGCUCGAUGUUCUGUUCAGUACCGCUUCCAUACUGAACCUUUGCGUGAUAUCGUUGGAUCGGUACUGGGCCAUAACGGAUCCGUUUUCCUAUCCGAUGAAGAUGACUCGAAGGAAAGCGGCGGCCCUGAUAGCUGCGGUGUGGAUUUGCUCAAGCGCCAUCAGCUUCCCGGCGAUUGUCUGGUGGCGGGCGGCCCGGGAAGGUGACAUGCCACCUUUCAAGUGUACAUUUACCGAACAUCUCGGCUAUCUGGUGUUUUCCUCCACCAUAUCGUUCUAUCUUCCACUGUUGGUGAUGGUGUUCACGUACUGUCGAAUCUACCGUGCCGCAGCAAUACAAACACGAUCGCUCAAGCUGGGCACCAAGCAGGUGUUGAUGGCCUCCGGUGAGCUGCAGCUAACGCUACGGAUACACCGUGGUGGAACCACCAGAGAAAGACCGAACCACCGUCGGGAACAGCAGCAUCACCAGCAGCAGCAGCACGAACAGGACCACCAGCAGCACACGGCCACUUCCACACCGGAAGAACCGGACGAAGAACCACUGUCGGCGCUGCAGAACAACGGUCUCGGUGCCCGACAUCGGACUCACAUGGGCAAAAAUUUCUCCCUAUCGCGCAAGCUGGCCAAGUUUGCCAAGGAGAAGAAGGCAGCCAAAACGCUCGGCAUCGUGAUGGGAGUGUUCAUUGUCUGCUGGCUGCCGUUCUUCGUGGUGAACCUCCUGUCCGGGUUCUGCAUACAGUGCAUAGCCCACGAGGAGAUCGUGUCCGCCGUGGUCACCUGGCUCGGGUGGAUCAACUCCAGCAUGAACCCGGUGAUCUAUGCCUGCUGGAGCAGGGACUUCCGGAGGGCCUUCGUACGGAUACUGUGUGUUUGCUGUCCCCGAAAGAUCCGGCGAAAAUAUCAGCCAACAAUGCGAUCGAAAGCAUCCCAGAGAUUCGCCUCGAGACGAUGCUACUCGACCUGCUCCCUGCACGGUAUCCAGCAGGUGCGUCACAACUCCUGCGAGCAGACGUAUAUCUAG